AUGUGUGGGGUAUCCCCAUCCGAGCCGCGCAGAUUCUCGAGGGGCCAGAACAGGUACCUCCAUGUCAGGUUCUAUGGUUCUGGCCCGGAAUCGCUGAGUCUCGCCUUUGUGCGCUCUAACUCGAAUGCCGGUAAUGCCCUGGAUACCCUUAAUUGGAUUACCCUGGUAGCACAUCGAAUUGGUCAGCACGCCAAGUCUCCCAAAGUCCAAGAGUGGACGGGGGUAAGCAAAAGCUCGCACUGCUUGGGUGGUUUGGGAUGCGUUCUAGCCAGGGCCGACCAGACCAUUUGCCGGAGCUCAUACCAUGGAUCUAAAAUUCUGGCCCAUACGCCUGCGAGCGACUUUCUGAUGGUAGUUUCCGGCGAACCGGACUAG